GUCACAGGCGUUCCACCAGAGAAGAAGGUCGUUGAUGUUCCACUUAAGAGAGGAAGAGAGAAAGAGAGAGAAAGUGACUGUUCCACUAAAGACAGCAAGACCAGGUGUUCCACCAGGGAGAAAAGUCCACCAUUGUCCACGAUAGCAAAACCAGGUAUUCCACAAGGGAGAACAAAUCCACAAUUAUUCCACCAGACACAACACCAACACCAGGCCUUCUUCCACUAAGGAUAACAAAUCCACAGUCGUUCCACCAGAAAGCAAAAUUCCACCACCGUUUCAGAGAACAAUUCCACAAUCACUCCACCAGAGAACCAGACCAGAGAAGUCCCCACGGAGUAAAUCCACACCCGUUCCAUCGAAAAUAACACCGUUGUGGAUUUGAAAUGAAUCGACCGUUGCAGGAUUUGGCGAUAUUGCAUUUUAUAUCUUGUGACGUCACUGUUGUCCGUUAAUGAUGACAUUAAUUCGUAUAGUUUUUCUAACUGAUAAAAAAUGUGCUACCAAUGACUGAUAUAUAAUAACCGGUAUGUAGAAAAUAUAUGAAUAACGAGAAUAUAGAAAAUAUAUAGUAACCGGCAUAUAGAAAUAUAUUAAUAACCGGAAUACAGAAAAUAUAGAAAUAACCGUAAUAUAGAAUUUAAAUCAAUAAACGAUAUAUGAGAAAAUAGAAGAUGAAACAAAUAAGAAAAAGACAGAAGUGCCUACCAAUGAUUGAAAAAAAUGGACAGUUACAAAACCGAUAUAUAUAAAGAAAAUAAAGAAAAAAAUAUAAUAACCGACACAUGAUAAAAUAAAAAAUAGACAAACCAAAAAAAUAGAAAAAAUAACCGAUAUAUGAAGAAAAAAAAUAAUAAGGAAACAAACAAUUAAAAAAUAUAUAUAAAAAAGAAAGAAAAUUUGACAUAAAACUCACAACGAUCCAACGAGACCGACCGAAACCAGACUCGACAUUUCCGAAACCAGUGUUCAUUUACCCGAAACCAAAUCCCUCCAGACGCGCAUUUUUUUUCACCUCCGCCGCGGACAUGAGAAAACGACCUUUGUGUCUGGUCGUUGGCGUGGUCGUCGUCGCUGCCUUCCUCCUCGACGUCAGCACCCUCGGGUCGUCCUCCUCCGUCGCCCUCGCCGUCGCCGACUUCCACGGAUCAUGGCAACUCCUCGAAACGCCAACCAGAGACGCGACAGAAGAAGAAACGCAGAAGACGAUGGCAGAGGAAGACGAAGAAGAAGAAGAAGAAGAAGAGAGAACGAAAGAAGAAGAAGAGGGAGAAGACACGGAAAAGGAGGAGGAGGAGCAGGAGAAGGAGGAGGAAGCAAGACAAAAGGAGAGAGACGUACUAAGGAAAGUGAAGGUUCUAUGCUGGGUUCUCAUGUGUCCUUCUAAGCAUAAUGAGUCGGCCGUGCAUGUCAAAGCCACGUGGGGGAGGCGCUGCGACAAACUCAUCUUCAUGAGUACCAAAGAGGACCCGGAACUCGGAGCCGUGGACCUGCGCGUCCCCGAGGGCUUCUACAAGCUGUGGCUAAAGACCAGGGCCGCCUUCAAGUACCUGUACGACCACCACCUUCAGGAGUACGACUGGUUCCUCAAGGCCGACGAUGACACGUACGUGGUGGUAGAUAACCUGCGGUACAUGCUGUCUCCUUACGACCCCAGCCAGCCUAUUGCCAUGGGGUGUCGACUCAAAGGAAACGUACCCGGGAAAGGUUACUUAACUGGAGGGGCGGGCUACGUCAUGAGCAGAGAAGCUGUCCGGCGCGUGGUUGAGCGAGGCAUCGACGCCGACAAGUGCCCUUUGAAGUACCGCAGCAGACGACCUGCAGAAGACGCUGCCGCAGCUCGUUGUAUGGUGGCCUCUGGGGUUCGUUUCGGAGAUUCUAGAGAUCACACGAGACGAGCGAGGUUCUCCCAACUGAGCGCUGCCUCGUUGCUCAUGGGGAAGGACAAGAAGCAGCAUCUGUAUAAGCCAGUUAAGGGCCUCGGCUGCUGCUCUCCGACGGCCGUGACCUUCCACAAAGUGACCGUGUCUGACCUCUACCUCAUGGACUACUUGCUCUACACGAUGGUCGUUGCCGGGCGCCAUUCCUCGGCUCCCUUCCCCCCACCGCCGCCCCCCGACAGGAGCCGCUUGACACCAGAGGACCUUGAGCGAUUUGGACCGAUUCCUGCUAAGUGAAGUGUAAGUGAUUAGUUUACUUAUUUUAAGACUUGGAAAAUAAAAA